AUGUUGGCACUGCAAAGUACUCAAGCCACCGAACUGAGACUACGGGAACUCAAGAAACCUGAGGUCAAUCUGUCACUCAUUGAACCAUGUCCUAACAACGUGAACGUGAGAAAUUCAACGCCAUCUACAGACAUUCUGGCUCAUCAAGUAUUGUCCACACCUUCUGUACCUCCUGGACUUCCAAAAUAUAUACCAAAUCCACUUACUCCACCCAGUUCGACUAUUGUGUCUAUGAUGCCUGCUACGGACCCGAGUCGAGCCCCUCCACUAUCCACAUCAUCUCGGCAGCAGAUGAUGACAACAGAGUCCUACACUUCUCCAUGCCAGUUUCCAUCACCAUCACCUGAGCUGAGAGAUGUGCCUAGUGUGGCGCCUUGCGGUUCUCCACCACCCCCUCAUCUGGACUCAACAACAGAAUUUCCACCAUUGUCACCACCUUCAAAUUGCAGGUUUUCCAAUAUAUCUUUAGGCCAAUUUCACAGCACACCAAACCAAAAUGUUGUAAAUUCAACUUUUUUAGACAACAGGAUGUAA